UUGACAACAUAACGGAUUUGCCAAACCUUGCAUCAUGUGUAAUUAAAUGGGAGUAAUGAUAAGUCACUCUGAAGCCAGCACACACCCAUGCAGUAAAACGUAUGGGUUAAAGGUAUUCAUAUACACAUUGGGAAACUGGCGUUUGUAAAUUUGAAUGGACGAUACUUGACGUGGGCUACGUUGACUACGUUGGCAAGCUAGCUGGCUUGGAAGCUGACAUCCACCUGCAUCCAGAGGUUUAAGCAACGUCUUCUCUGAUCACCGUUAAGGAGCAUGGAGACGUCCAGUCAUGAUAGAAUCAUGUCAAGAUCCUGUUGGAAAUAAGGCAUAAAACAGGUCUCUAUAAAACGGUGGAUAGUUUUUGCAGAAGAUCCUCAGCCAUCUCUUUGUGGAUUUUUCCCCAAUGGAAUGCAGAGAAAUAAAUAGUAAUUCAGCUACUUCAAAGAAGAAGCAUACCUCUCUAUCUGUGAAAAGAUGCAAAUCCAACAGCCAAACCCAUAGCUGGGUAUCAGUGAUGGAGAUCUGAGGCAAGACAAACUGUCUCAUUUUAAUUGUCCCAGUGCAGGCUCUUGGAGUAGCUGACGCAUGUCCCGAAUCAGGACCACGCUGGACACCGUCUCCAAAGCAGUCAGCGGAACGGUGAGUGGAACUGACUUCCUCUCUAAGAUCACAAGGCUGAGGCCCGGCACUACCACCACUGCCACCGUUGGUGCCGUGGAGGUCCAUGUGCCCAGCCCUGGUGACCAGGAGGCAGCAACUGUUGCCGUGACCGCAACGGCAGUUCGAUCGGCCGUCGCCAUAGAGGAGCCUGAGCGAGAGAAGAUGCACGAGAAGGAAGUUCCGGAGCAGGCGGAAGCGCCUCAAAUCCAGGCAAGAGAGAAGCUGAAAAUCAGCCUAGCCUCUCAGGCCGGCACUGUGUCGUCGUCGGUGGCCAAGCAGACCUUCCAGCGCUUACAGCCGGCUGCGUUCUCCACCAACAUGGACGAGACCUACAGCCACCUCUCCCAGCACGUCAACACCUACUUUGGCACUGAUGCCCCCCCGGAUCCAGCAGAGAACCAAUGGGCCCAGCAAAGGAAAAGCCAAGAACCUUCAGCUCCCGGGCCUCAACUACACCCGUCUCUGAACCAGGAGCAUAUACCGGUCCUGAUGCCUGUAGCGGGGAAAAUGCCCAUGCAGACUUCCCCUGAUUUGCCCUCUAUCGAGCACAGUAGCCCCCCUCCUACCACCCCUGUUGCCCCCAAGCCGGAGGAUGUUGCCCCAGUGCCCCCACCCUCCCCCAGGAGGGGCAUCAGCCACUACCUCUCCUACCCCAGGCCCAGCGUGCAGAGCUUUGUGGGCAGCUACAUCACCCCGCUGGUACCCAAGUUCCGUUCGGCGGACUCCCAGAGUGCCUCGGGUAAAAAGGACAAGCAGCCGGCCGCCUCGGCCCAGAUGGCCUCACUGGAGGGGAAGGAGAAGAGCAAAGAGGAGAAGGAGGCGGAGGACAAGGCCCAAAGACUGCUGUCUCAGAGAGAGAGGAUCAUAGCACGUGCGAGUGUGGACAACAGGACGAGGGCUCUGGUGCAGGCCCUGCAGAAAGUGACCGACGUGAAAGUCACCGUGAGCCGAGUGGAAGACCUCAGCUACCAUCUAAUGGAUUUCCCAGAGACCAGAGGGGUGGCUGUCAAGGAGCGAGUGAUCCCGUGUUUGCUGAAGCUCAGGCAGGCGCGGAACCCAAGCCUGCAGGCUGCGGUGAGGCAGGCGCUGGCCGUGGUGGGCUACACAGACCCGGUCAAAGGUCGCGGCAUCAGGGUGCUGUCCAUCGACGGAGGAGGAACCAGGGGUUUGGUGGCUCUGCAGACUCUGCGUAAGUUGGAGAUCCUGACAGGCAAACCCAUCUAUCAGCUGUUUGACUACAUCUGUGGAGUCAGUACAGGCGCCAUCUUGGCUUUCAUGGUAGGGGUGUUCCAGAUCCCCCUGGACGAAUGUGAGGAGAUGUAUAGGAAACUGGGUUCCGAUGUCUUCAAGCAGAACCUCAUUGUGGGAACCGUGAAGAUGGGAUGGAGCCACGCGUACUACGACAGCGAGAUUUGGGAGAACAUCCUUAAAGAGAGAAUGGGUGAUGGUCUCAUGAUUGACACAGCCCAGAAUCCGAAAUGUCCUAAGGUGUCAGCAGUGAGCACGCUGGUGAACCGCGGCCUGCCUCUGAAGGCCUACGUGUUCAGGAACUACAACAUGCUGCCUGGUGUGCGCUCCCACUACCUGGGCGGCUGCCAGCACAAAAUGUGGCAAGCCAUACGCGCCUCCUCCGCCGCCCCGGGGUUCUUCCAGGAGUGCAUGCUGGGAAACGACCUGCACCAGGACGGCGGCCUGCUGAUCAACAACCCCACUGCGCUGGCCAUCCACGAGUGUAAGAACCUGUGGCCCAACACGCCCCUGCAGUGUGUGGUGUCCCUGGGCACCGGCCGCUACGAGACGGGCAGCAAGAACAGCGCCACCUACACCAGCCUCAAGGCCAAGAUCACCAACGUCAUCAGCAGCGCCACAGACACUGAGGAGGUCCACACCAUGCUGGACGCCCUGCUGCCGCCGGAGACCUACUUCCGCUUUAACCCGUACAUGAGCGAGGACAUCCCGCUGGACGAGAGCCGCCGCGAGAAGCUCAACUUCCUGCUGGAGGAGGGACGCCGCUACCUGGAGCGCAACGACGUCAAGCUGCGCAAGGCGGCCAGUGUGCUCACCCAGGAGAAGGGUGUCGUCCAGCGCGCCGCCGAGUGGCUCCAGCUCAAGGCCGACAUGUACGACGGCCUGCCUUUCCUCUCCAAACUCUAGCGCCCCCUGGAGUACAGGAGGUGGUAGUGCAGUGGACACAAGGGUCCUCAAGUUCAGGGGUGCUUGUUGACUGGAGUCGAAGGGCUAGCGUAGUGUAACACUAACGCCAUUGUGCAGCUUCACAUGAUUUUUAAUCUUUCUGGCGAUUUGAAGCGGUCCUUCCCCGUAAUCCGGGGAACCUAUUGUCGAGCACGGUCCUAACGUUGCUCCCAAGGUCAGAUGAGAAUUCUUUUUUAUUUUUUUUUAUUCGUAAUUCCACGCAGGCCUUCGUGAGAGAGGGCUCUUUAACUGAUUGCCACUGGGAUCAUUGGCAGAACUGCCUAUGCCAAGACUGCACAUCACUGUAGUGAGAUGGGCUCCCUUUUAACACCCAUCCUGACUCGUCUAAACACACGCUGCUGUUGCCCUUGCUGAGUCGUGUGCAGUGGCCCAGAAAUAACUCACUCGACUUGACUGACACUCAAAUUCAUCAUGAAUUCAUCAUGUUGUGUUAUUGUGAAAGCAGGUUCGCUGCAGUGACGUGUCAUCUCUUAAUUACUGUAUGUCAAAAUCAUUUCAGAUUAUGCACACAUCUCUUGUAUGAUUCGUGUGUGUGUGUCAUGCACUUUCACUGGCAUGUACUGUAGUUUUACAUAACAAAAAGCCCUUAUCAAGUAACCGUUUCAAAUAGUGAGACAAAUAAUUUCACUGGUUUUGAAAAGGAAACAUCUCCACUUAAUUUAUUUAAUAAUUAUUAUUUUAUUUUAUGUUUUGUUUUUAUUUUCUUUAGGAACAGAGAACCAUAAAAUUACCUUGAAAGGUCUUAUAUUCCAGCUACUUGACUUCUAUUCUGCUGGAGUAAGCACUACUCUUUAAGCACUAAAACCAUCUGCUGUACAGCAUUGCUCAUCCUCUGUAUAUAGUAUGCACUAAAAUGAUAGUGAAAUGAUGGAUGCUGAUCACACUAUAGUAGAUUUUAUUGCAAGUAUUCUGCAAUUUCCAUUUGAAUGUAUUGUUUGUGUUCAUGAAUCAUCCAACUUGAAACUGUAAAAAACAAAUCAACAAACUGACACUCAAACCACUGGCAGUAGACCACAGGUUUCUUCAUUCAGAGCAAGUGAAAUAAAAAACCUGUCUCGGAUUCUAAACAA